GUCUGGACUUGAGCUCAAGUCCACGUACUUACCCGCUUGCCUUGUGAAGAUGACGUCAACUUACUUACUCAUAUAUUGACGGUUUACUACUAGUUAUGGACUCCUUGAGCUUGUACAUAAAUAACAGCUUCAGCACCAAACCAUUUCUAGUGUUACUUAUGUCGUUCUCGUUUGUCCGGCCAUUGCUUGGCUUCAGCCCAAUCACUGCUCGUUCGAGUUUGAGCACUACUCAGUUUAUCCGCCAUCGCUCACUCUCAGGCUCUGUCAUUUGUCGGCAACAUUUACUUCCCGCACGCGCGUAUGUGCCUCAGACAUGGGUAGUGAAUCGACUGGGAGUUGCACGCAAAGGGCAGCUCCUCCUGCCCAGCUUGCUCACAGCUACAGGGAUAGCAGGGAUCGUGCUUGGCAUAGCAACGUGCACCGCGCCAAUCAUUCAUUGUGACAGUAAAGGCACUGGUGCGAUUGCUGUUGCUAUGCCUAGCUGAACACGAGUUGAUCUUGAGGCACCCAGGUUCCACACCCGCCCCGCCUCCUCAGGCCCCACUCCCGGAGUCCACUGUCAAUCUGUAUGAAUUGACAUUUGGUACAGCAGCUGGCAUAUGCGCGGGUGUGUUCGUCAAGAAAGGUGCAAAAAUGGUCGCAUUCUUCCUAGGUGGUGUGUUCGUCCUCCUUCAAUACCUUGGGUCGAUGUCACUCGUCCGUGUUGAUUGGGGUCGCAUGGCUGCUCGAUUCGAGAACUUGUUGUA